AUGAAGCUCAUUCUUGGCAUCAGUGCCAUGACCAGAUCAAACUAUUUCAGUCUGAUUAAUAUGCCUGAUCACUCUGCCCCUGCUGCCUCCACCUCUGCUGCUAUCACCUGCUGUCUGUGUUCUGUCCCUGCCCCAUUAACUACUCCUGCUGCUGCUCCAUUACUACUGCCACUGUCCACCACUAUCUCUCUGUCUUCUCUCAGCACCAACAGGGUCUCUGCCUGUCAAAUAGUGGGUAUUAGAGUCCCUGUCUGGUUCACAAAGCUGGUUCUGGAGGAGCAGAAGAAGAAGAAGAAGAAAAAGAAGAAGAAGAAGAAGAGAGAGAAGAAGAAAAAGAGAAAGAAGAAGAAAGAGAAAGAGAAUGAUAACAAUAGCAAGAAUAAUGAUGAUAAUGAGAAUAAUGAUAAUAAUGAGAAUGAUGAACUUGUCAUUUAG